AUGCACCGCUACGCCCUCCUCGGCCUGCUGCCAGCGGCACUGGGCUGCCUGGACCCCAAGAACAACCCAUGCGCCAGCUACAUGAGCGCCAACCAGGCGACGGCCUCGGCCUUCUGCGCCACCUUCACGCAGAGCAAGGCGACGGCCUCGACAGGGCUUCCCGCGUGGGCGGCCAACUGCAGCAACAAGCCCAGCAUGAUCUCCAAGGAGUGCUCGUGCUAUUUCACGGGCGGUGCGGCCGCGGGCCCCACGCAGACAUCGACAUCGACGGCCAAGACGACGGCGGCACAGCAGACGACGGCGAAGACAACGGCCACCGCCGCGCCCAUCGUCACAGCCGCGCCCUCGGGUGUCACCACGAAGCUCCCCCAGAGCUCCGGGGCCGUGUCCAGCUCCAAGGCCAUCACGCUCACCGCCGGCCAGGUGUUUGAUGGCGGCAUGAAGAACUAUGACCGGUCACCCGCGGUCUGCCAGGGUCAAACAGAGACGGGCGAGGCGGAUGCCAUGUUCGUCCUCGAGGACGGCGCGACUCUCCAGAAUGUUAUCAUCGGUCCCAACCAGGCCGAGGGCGUCCACUGCAAGGGCACUUGCACCCUGAUCAACGUCUGGUGGGAGGAUGUGUGCGAGGAUGCGCUCACCCUCAAGCAGGAGAGCGGCACGUCCAACGUGAUCGGCGGCGGCGCGUUCCACGCCGACGACAAGGUCGUGCAGUUCAACGGCUUCGGCACCGUCUCGAUCACGGACUUCUACGCCAACGACUACGGCAAGCUGGUGCGCAGCUGCGGCAACUGCAAGAACAACGGCGGGGCGCGCCACGUGGUCCUCGACGGCGUCAAGGCCGUCGACGGCGGCGUGCUGUGCGGCAUCAACACCAACUACGGCGACACGUGCACCGUCACCAACUCGUGCCAGGACGACGGCAAGAGCUGCGACCGCUUCGAGGGCAACAGCGACGGCGACGAGCCCCCCAAGAUCGGCUCCGGCCCGGACGGCACCUACUGCAAGGUUACCGGGCUAUCGACCACUUGUUAAAUAAGAUAGGUACUGCUACUACUGCC